GCACAGUAAAUUAAAAGAUACUAUUGAAAAGCAGUUGGAGGCCCUUCCCUUUGGCAUUGGGAUAGGAAAUGGCAUCUGUGCAGAUGAUGAAAUAGUCAGGAACCUUCAAGAACAACUCCAACUAGUCAACCAAGAAAAAAAUUUGGCUUUGGAACUCUGGCAGACUGCUUCUCAGGAAUUAGAAAAGGUGCAGAAACUUUACCAGGAACAUAUGACUGAGGCCCAGAUUCAUGUAUUUGAAAAUCAAAGACAAAAGACUAACCAACAUUUUCUGAAAACAGUAACUGAACAAAAUAUGGAGAUCGAGAAACUUCGAAAACAUCUUAGGCAAGCCAAGUUAGAUCUGAGAGAUGCAGUAACAAAAGUAGAAGAGUUAACGAAAGUGACUGAAAAUCUUCAAGAACAGAUGCUAAAAAAGGAGAAAGAUAUUAUGUCUGCCCAAGGAAAAGAGGAAGCAUCAGACAGACGCUUACAGCAGAUACAGUGUAGUAUAAAACAGUUAGAAUCAAGAUUAUGUAUAGCAAUCCAAGAAGCCAACUUACUAAGAACAGAGAAAACACAUUUGGAAAAACAGAUCAAAGAGCUACAAGCAAAGUUCAGUGUCUCAGAAAAUGAGAAAUAUGAGGCUAUUUCAAGAGCCAGAGAUACCAUGCAACUCUUAGAAGAAGCUAACCUUAAAAAAAAUCAGAUUCUGCUUGAAGAAAAGCAAAAAGAAGACGAUAGAGAGAAGAUGAAGAAAACAGUUUCUCAGCUUAUACAAGAUGCUGCCAUAAAAGCAAGGAAAGAAGUUGAAAGCACAAAGAAACAGUAUGGAGUACUGAUUUCACAAUUAAGAGAAGAACUUUCAGCCCUUCAGAUGGACUGUGAUGAAAAACAAGGCCAAAUUGAUCGAGCCAUUAGGGGGAAAAAAGCUGUGGAAGAAGAACUAGAGAAGCCUCUUCCUCAGAUUUACCGGGAAGGCAAACAGGAUGAAGGUGAUUACAGAAAAUUUGAAGAAAUGCACCAAAGAUGUCUUGCAGCAGAGCUUUCCAAAGAUGAUCUUCAGCUAAGACUGAAGAGUGCAGAAAACAGAAUAAAACAACUUGAAAUUAAUUCCUCUGAAGAGAUAGCACGUUCCCGUGAAAUGAUUCAGAAACUUCAAACUGUCUUGGAAUCAGAGAGAGAGAACUGUGGCUUUGUCAGUGAACAACGGCUAAAACUUCAGCAAGAAAAUGAACGGCUACAGAAGGAGACUGAGGAUUUAAGAAAGAGUGCUCUGGAGGCCCAGAAAAAAGCCAAAUUAAAGAUCAAUACAAUGGAACAUCAAUUUUCAAUAAAAGAACAUGGGUUUGAAGUUCAGUUGAGAGAGAUGGAAGACAGUAAUCGUAAUUCUGUUGUUGAACUGAGGCAUCUCUUGUCAACUCAACAGAAGGCAGCCAAUAAGUGGAAAGAAGAAAUGAAGAAACUUACUGAAAGUGCAGAAAUUAGGAUCAGCAAUCUAAAAAGUGAGCUGAGUCGACAGAAACUUCAUUCCCAGGAACUGCUUUCUCAGCUGGAAAUGGCAAAUGAAAAGAUAGCUGAGAAUGAAAAGUUAAUUAUGGAACAUCAAGAAAAAGCCAACAGACUUCAGAGGCGCCUAAGUCAGGCAGAAGAAAGAGCUGCAUCAGCUUCCCAGCAGCUCAGUGUGAUUACAGUGCAGAGAAGAAAAGCAGCCUCCAUGAUGAAUCUGGACAAUAUUUAAAAAUAUCCAUAGUUCACUGACAGAACUGUAGAGUGGGUAAAGCUGUUGGACGAAAGUGUCUUGACAUGGUGAAGCCUACAGAGAAUGGUGAAGGCUUGUGUGAUUUUGCAUAAGCAUUUUCCAUUCUGUUUUGAGAGUUACUGGAAAACAAAACAGUGACAGCUUUCUGUAAAUAAAAAGAAAAUAUACAGUCCUCUAUUUGAGAUUAAAUGGAGAAAUAAAGCCAGCUGAGAAGAAAUUAUUGCUUUCAUCAAUGUGCCUAUUUUUAAUUCUUUUCUUUCCCCCUUUGGAAGAACAUAAUCAUUUGAAAAAGAAGUUUAAAAAACAUCCUAGAACUUGAUAUUUCAAACUCUAAGAUUUGGAAACUAUAUCUAAUUGUUAUUCCUAAGUCAUUUUUAUAGUUCUUAAGAUCUAUCUUAUUAAUUCAUAAUUAUAAUAAAUU